GAAUCCCCCCUUUGCGCUGACAAUGCGUGCGCGGUAUCCGUUCGAGAUAAAUGCAGUAUAAAAAGACCUGCGUCCGGUUCGGUUUCCUGUCAGUGUUCUGUUAGCUUAGAUUUGAUCCAGUACGUGGUACGAGUAUAUUCGUAGAUCGCUAAAGCAUGAAGCAAGUGUGCAUUCUUCUAGCUGUGCUGCUCUGCACGGCAGCCGUUGCGGACGCCAUGGUGUUUGUCUACGCGCCAACGUGUGCGAUAUGUAAAAGCAUCGGUGCCCGCUACUGUGGCUAUGGGUACCUCAGCCGGAAGGGGGUCUCCUGCGACGACCAGACGACCAUCAAUAGCUGUGAGGACUGCACACGAAGACUUGGUCGCUGCGAAGAUGGAUUCAUUACGGAGUGCUUCUUGUGAGCCAAACCGUGAACCGGAAGAAGCGGGCGUCGGUGUAGUUUGCCGCUCAUGCGGUUGGAAUGAUUUAUAUGGAUGGAGGUUUCAUCUGUCUGCCACUGGCAAUGAUUUCGAUGUAAGAAAAUAUUUUACUCCAAGUUUUACAAUUUUCAAAUGAGAAAUAAAACCUAUUUUGUUUGCCUAAAUGAA